UUUCGGGUGACGGCUCCUUUAAGAAAACGGAACUGAGCCUCGGCUUUUUGACGCGCUGAGGAUGUGGGCAGGAAACGCCAUGCAAGAGGAGAGAAGCGAUCACGCUUUCCAGCACGGUUGCACAAUACAGUGCGAUUAAAAAAAAUGUGCUUUAAUUUUCCACGCUAAUGUCCAGGAGCGCUCAUUCUCCUCGGAUCUGCACCCCGCGGCCGUCACAGAGCAGGCUCGGAGGAUUUGCCGGCGUCGGAUUUGACUGCUAUCCGAGCGAGAGGGCAGCCUUCCCAGCCUGCUCGGUUUGAAAACAUCGGGGCUGGUCAGCGGGUGGGAGAGAGAGAGCAGGCUUCGUCGCGGAAAAAAGGAGGUGUCUGCCUAUUUUUUUCAGCCAUGAGGGAGUACAAAGUGGUUGUUUUGGGGUCGGGUGGAGUCGGGAAAUCCGCACUGACGGUCCAGUUCGUGACGGGCUCCUUCAUCGAGAAGUACGACCCCACGAUAGAGGAUUUCUACAGGAAGGAGAUCGAGGUGGACUCGUCCCCGUCGGUGCUGGAGAUCCUGGACACGGCGGGGACCGAGCAGUUCGCCUCCAUGCGAGACCUAUACAUCAAGAACGGGCAGGGCUUUAUUUUGGUUUACAGCCUGGUGAACCAGCAGAGCUUCCAGGACAUCAAGCCGAUGAGAGAUCAGAUCAUCCGGGUGAAAAGAUACGAGAGGGUGCCCAUGAUCCUGGUGGGAAACAAGGUGGACCUGGAGGGGGAAAGAGAGGUGUCUUCCGGGGAAGGCAAGGCGCUGGCCCAGGACUGGAACUGCCCGUUUAUGGAAACUUCAGCCAAAAAUAAAGGAUCAGUCGACGAACUGUUUGCAGAAAUAGUCAGACAGAUGAACUAUUCAACUGUUCCCAGUGGUGGUGACCAGUGCUGUUCAUGUGUCCUGCUCUAGAAAGAAAAAAAACAACAACAAAUCAUAAUAGAAACAGUGCAUCCGGGCUGAAUUUGAGCUUCUAAUUUGUCCUGCAGGCUUUUAGCUAAACUAUUCUCUAUCCUCACACUGUUGUCUUAUUGUUGCACACAAAUCGACGACAACAACAAUCGAUUAUGUAUUAUAGUCUGGAAAAGUGUUUACAUGACAAAGUACUUGAAUGUUUUGGGAUUUUUUUAUAGCUUUGUAUAUGACACUUCUCUGGAAAUGUGCCUCAAUGGGAAUGUCUUAUUGUGAAACCUAAGAGACACCUGUUUUCUGGUUAUUUUUUGUGGUUUUAUUUGUUGAGUUGUACUGUUACAUCUUUUAGGCUGGGUCCAUCUGUCUUGGGGGAGUGGUGGGGGUCAUGCUAAAUCCAGACAGAGCUGCGAUUGGUCAGUUCUUGGGUCAGAGGGCAGGAGGCCUGAAAGUGCUUAAAAUCCCUCAUAAACGUAUCAAUCACCACUCAAGCCUUGCACAGGUUACUCAUAUCAGAUCUCUACAAAUUAUUUCCCCAGAAGGUAAAGUGUGAUCCAAGAGGUGCAGACGCCCACCUGCUAAGAUACUGUAUAUGAAGCUGUGGACUGUGGUGGAGUUGUGUUGCGACUUUAUAUUUUUGUUUUAACCCCCCUCCCCAAUCUGGUGAAAGUGGAUUUAUCAUGGAACUUGCACUUAGCUGACGGUGUCCCUCCUCAGUGUGCACAAACAAGGACCUUAGUGCAUUUCUGUCGCUGCAUGGGGAACGCCACGGCCCCAUGUCAAGUGCCUUCCUAAGAAAACUCCUGUGACUGUGCCAACUGAUGAGCUCUACUUCCUCUGCAGUGCGUCUUGAUGGCAAUCAGAACUUUUUAGCAGUUUUCAGUAAACAAUCUAGUUUCGUUUGGUGUCAAAUUGAGAAGAGCAUCUUCCUGUUUUACUGUCAGGAAGCUAAGCUUGUGUCAAACCUGCUGUUUCAGGGUCAGAUUCAGGCCAUUUCUCGAGGUAUUAGUCCACCAAGAACAACAGAGUAUCUUUAACCUACUAGGAUUUUGGUUCAGUGAAUGGCAAGCCAUGUUUGUCUGUAUUAUCUAGAUUUUUUUUCUUUUCUAAAAAAAAAAAGUGACAUUUUUGACUUAUUGUAACUCCCUUUGGACAAAAUCUUCUGCCAUCCACCUGUCAGUUUGAAAGACUUGUAAUACAAAAUGCAUUUUACGUAACGCAGUGUGCUGUGCUUGUCUCUGCUGAUAACAUAAAGUGUCUACAGUUUGGGGUACUUUGAA